AUGGCCUGUUUUGUUUCAGACUCUGACCUGAGGGUGGUGCUGGUGGGUCAGGAGAAAGUUGGGAAGAGCUCAGCAGGAAACACCAUCCUGGGAAAUAAGGAGUUUAACUGUAGGAUCAGUUUGAGCCCUCUGACUUUGAGAAGUGAGAAGAGAGAAGCUGAUUUUUGGGGUCAAAGAGUCUCUGUGGUUGACACCCCUGGACUCUUCAGCACUCAGCUGUCUGCAAGUGAGGUGAAAGCAGAGCUGGAAAAAGCUCUCCAGCUGACUUCUCCAGGUCCUCACGUCUUCAUCCUCGUCCUCCAGCUCGGACGAUUCACCCCACAGGAGCAAGAAGGACUGAAAGCUCUGCAGAAGAUGCUGGGCGCUGAUGUCUCCAAACACACCAUGCUGCUGUUCACCUACGGAGACCGACUGGAAAACAAUGACAUUGACAUGGAAAUGUUCACCAAAGAGGACGAGAACAUCCAGCAGUUGCUGAAGAGCUGCAGCGGUGUGUACCAUGUGUUCAACAACAACAUGGAAAACAGGGAUCAGGUCCAAAAGCUGCUGGAGAAGAUAAAUGACAUCUGUGAGGGAGGAGAGUCGUACUAUGAGAGGUCUCAGUCAGAGGGGUCAGUCUGGACUUCUUACAGAAGACGUUACAGGUCUACUUGUGCCAACCCCCUGAUGGCCUGUUUUGUUUCAGACUCUGACCUGAGGGUGGUGCUGGUGGGUCAGGAGAGAGUUGGGAAGAGCUCAGCAGGAAACACCAUCCUGGGAAAGAAGGAGUUUAACUGUAGGAUCAGUUUGAGCCCUCUGACUUUGAGCAGUGAGAAGAGAGAAGCUGAUGUUCUGGGUCAAAGAGUCUCUGUGGUUGACACCCCUGGACUGUUCAGCACUCGGCUGUCUGCAAGGGAGGUGAAAGCAGAGCUGGAAAAAGCUCUCCAGUUGAGUUCUCCAGGUCCUCACGUCUUCAUCCUCGUCCUCCAGCUCGGACGAUUCACCCCACAGGAGCAGAAAGGACUGAAAGCGCUGCAGAAGAUGCUGGGCGCUGAUGUCUCCAAACACACCAUGCUGCUGUUCACCUACGGAGACCGACUGGAAAACACCGACAUUGACAUGGAAAUGUUCACCAAAGAGGACGAGAACAUCCAGCAGUUGCUGAAGAGCUGCAGCGGUGUGUACCAUGUGUUCAACAACAACAUGGAAAACAGGGAUCAGGUCCAAAAGCUGCUGGAGAAGAUAAAUGACAUCUGUGAGGGAGGACAGUCGUACUAUGAGAGGUCUCAGUCAGCUUUGGUGGACCAGGGUCUGCGUGCAGCCCGUCAUGCAGCUUCCAGGCUCACAGGAACGGCCUCCACUGUCAACCUGCUACUCUGGAAUCACCGGCGAUGGUCUUAUGCAGAGAGCAGCAAGCAGUCCAGUCGAGAGAUGUCCCCUCAAAGUUCCCCCAUGCGGCUAGCAGCAGGCUCAGGACAACUGUCUGAGCCUCCCCAGACAGUAGCAGCUGCAACACUCAUUCUGCUGUGGCCACUGGCAUGCCUCCGCUGCAGGACUGUCACCCUCCCCCAUCUGGUGCAUCGUCACCGCCAGCAGACGAGGGGGCGGCAGUGCAGUGACCCUAACCAGCCUCUCCAGCGCUCAGCCUGGUACUGCAGUCUCUACAGUUGUUCCCUCUGUGCCGCUACUUGCUCACUAUGGAUGGCUGCCAAUCCUGCUAGCAUCUGCGCCAGUAGAUAA